AUGGCGUUUCAUCUUCUUCCAGAAACAGAUUCUUUUUUACAGGUGCUUUUGCGGCCGACGUUCGCUGUAUCUUUUAGUGUGGUGUCUUCGCUAGUGCUGCUCACAAACUACUUUAUAGAGAAGUCAACUGUGGAAAACAGUAGCGCGCCAGCAGUCCUGGUUACAGGGAAUCUAUGGGUGAAUGUCUUUACCUUUACACUAUUCACAGCUGGCAUGACAUUCUCUAGCAGCACCCAAAUUACGCGUGCUAUUGCACUGGGUCAAAGUCCACCAAUUAAGAUAUCUGUAUUGCGUUCUUUGCCGUGGCCUCUGUCAGUGGUCUGUGGCAGCCAGGGAAAUAGAAAGCUUGUACCGUUUCUUUUGUACUCUCUCCUUUUUCCCGGAACGCUUGUAGUUGUGCUACUGCACCUUAUCAGCCUUGGUGUGAACAACUUUGAGAAUGCUUUGUAUUGGCAGCUACCGCUGCAGCGAUACCUGGCCUGGACCAUGUUGUGGCGUCUCAUCGUCACAGUCUGUGUGUUCACUACAAACUACCUAGCGGCGCAUAACCCUACUCAAUCUGUACUGACCCCGAGUACGGACAAUGAUGACUAG